AUGUCAUCGCUCCCAACCCCAACCCCAUCCCAUGUCGAUCGGAUCCUUCGGGGAGGAUAUGAAAACCUAUUCGAGAGACACACGGUUUUCCUGACCGGAAGCACUGGUUCUUUAGGAGGCUGUCUCUUGUAUAAAUUGGCACUUCAGCUGCCUACACGAAAAAUCUAUGCCUUGAUCCGUGGCACGCCCGAACAGGCGAUUGAAAGAUGGAAGAAAGCGAUGCCCAGUCAUACGUCCGCAAUCCUGGCGUCAAAGAAAGUGGAAUUCGUCAUUGGCGACAUCACGACAGUGGAUUUCGGUCUUCAGCCCGCUGUUUUGGAGAAGUUGCAAAACCAAGUUACUCUGGUUAUACACACGGCAGCGAAGAUCAGCCUGGAUGCCAGUCUCCACGAUGCCUUUGAGAAUAAUUGUCUCCCCUCGCUCGAGAUGGCCCGAAUUUCUUCACGAUUCCGACAUCUGAAGCUUCUCAUUCAAAUUUCAACAGCCUAUGCCAACAGCUUCCUCCCCGAUGGACCGGUCCUAGAGCGACCAUACACACUAUCCGACGAAGACCCAGAGGAAGAAUUGUCCUCGAUUCUGUCGCUGGGCCAGUCCGCACACGCCGCGCGCUUCUCUUCGACCUAUGCACAAGCCAAGUAUCUGAUGGAACGACUUCUGCCAACGCGCUUCCCACUUUUACCCAUCCUACUUGUACGCCCAACUAUUUUCGGCCAGGCACUCCGGUCUCCCUAUCCGCUCUAUGGCCUGGAAAACUCAACGCCCAUGAACAAGUUUUUCCAGCUCUUCAUGGCCGACCGCGGCGCAACGCAGGUCUGGCAUGCGGCGGAAGGCUACAAGACCGGUGCAAACAUCAUUGAUGAAAUCCCGGUCGACUUUGUAGCGAAUGCAUGUCUGCUGCACGCGGCGGCCGGCACGAUAGGCAUUGUCCAGAUCGGCUCGGAGCUGUACGAACCCAUUACGUUUGACGAGUACCUUGAACUCGCCAUCGCCAACGCCCCGCCAGCGAUUCGCCGUGAACUGCCUCAGAUAGUCUUCACCGAAGAUCGGAAUGCACCCCAAUGCUUCUUGGCCGAAUUGGUGCAGGUUGCAUCCCGCAAUUGGCUAUUUGAUUGCGGUCGGUCCUAUUGGCUCAAACAAGUGAGUGGGCCGCUGAGUCUACGGUCGAGCAAGUAUGAAGUGGAUGAAGUGAAUAAGAAGCGGAUUCGUCAGAUCUACCGUCGUAGUGCAGAGAAGGCCCGGAUUUAA